AUGGGCGGCGCGACAGGAGCUGACGGCUCUCGUCCCAAACAAAUGAUGGCGGGGGUCGAGGUUGUGGGGCUGCCUGCAGCCCGGCCCCACCACCGCUGCAUUACGGAUCCUGCAGCUCCCAGGAGGAAGAAGGAGGUCACCGGGAAGGACCCGGAGCGGGCGGCCAGGAGGAAGAAGGAGGUCACCGGGAAGGACCCGGAGCGGGCGGCCAGGAGGAAGAAGGAGGUCACUGGGAAGGACCCGGAGCGGGCGGCCAGGAGGAAGAAGGAGGUCACCGGGAAGGACCCGGAACGGGCGGCCAGGAGGAAGAAGGAGGUCACCGGGAAGGACCCGGAGCGGGCGGCCAGGAGGAAGAAGGAGGUCAACGGGAAGGACCCGGAGCGGGGCGGCCAGGAGGAGAAGGAGGUCACCGGGAAGGACCCGGAGCGGGCGGGCCAGGAGGAAGAAGGAGGUCACCGGGAAGGGGACCCGGAGCGGGCGGCCAGGAGGAAGAAGGAGGUCAACGGGAAGGACCCGGCGCGGGCGGCCAGGAGGAAGAAGGAGGUCACCGGGAAGGACCCGGAGCGGGCGGGGCCAGGAGGAAGAAGGAGGUCACCGGGAAGGACCCGGAGCGGGCGGACCAGGAGGAGAAGGAGGUCACCGGGAAGGACCGGAGCGGCCGCGGCCAGGAGGAAGAAGAGGUCACCGGGAAGGACCCGGAGCGGGCGGCCAGGAGGAAGAAGGAGGUCACCGGGAAGGACCCGGAGCGGGCGGCCAGGAGGGAAGAAGGAGGUCACGGGGAAGGACCCGGAGCGGGCGGGCCAGGAGGGAAGAAGGAGGUCACCGGGAAGGACCCGGAAGCGGGCGGCCAGGAGGAAGAAGGAGGGUCACCGGGAAGGACCGGAGCGAGGCGGGCCAGGAGGAAGAAGGAGGUCACCGGGAAGGACCCGGAGCGGGCGGGCCAGGAGGAAGAAGGAGGUCACCGGGAAGGACCCGGAGCGGGCGGCCAGGAGGAAGAAGGAGGUCACCGGGAAGGACCCGGAGCAGGGCGGCCAGGAGGAAGAAGGAGGUCACCGGGAAGGACCCGGACGGGCGGCCAGGAGGAAGAAGGAGGUCACCGGGAAGGAGACCUGGAGGCGGGGCGGCCAGGAGGAAGAAGGAGGUCACCGGGAAGGACCCGGAGCGGGCGGCCAGGAGGAAGAAGGAGUCCUGCACCCUUCCAUACCAGUCCUGCACCCUUCCAUACCGGCCCUGCACCCUUCCAUACCGGCCCUGCACCCUUCCAUACCAGUCCUGCACCCUUCCAUACCGGCCCUGCACCCUUCCAUACCGGCCCUGCACCCUUCCAUACCGGUCCUGCACCCUUCCAUACCGGUCCUGCACCCUUCCACACCGGUCCUGCACCCUUCCACACCGGUCCUGCACCCUUCCACACCCACCCUGCACCCUUCCCCACCAGUCCUGCACCCAUCCACACCGGCCCUGCACCCUUCCACACCGGUCCUGCACCCAUCCACACCGGCCCUGCACCCUUCCACACCGGUCCUGCACCCAUCCACACCCACCCUGCACCCUUCCCCACCAGUCCUGCACCCAUCCACACCGGCCCUGCACCCUUCCACACCGGCCCUGCACCCUUCCACACCCGCCCUGCACCCUUCCACACCCGCCCUGCACCCUUCCACACCGGUCCUGCACCCUUCCACACCGGCCCUGCACCCUUCCACACCGGCCCUGCACCCUUCCACACCGGCCCUGCACCCUUCCACACCGGCCCUGCACCCUUCCACACCGGUCCUGCACCCUUCCACACCAGUCCUGCACCCUUCCACACCAGUCCUGCACCCUUCCACACCAGUCCUGCACCCUUCCACACCAGCCCUGCACCCUUCCCCACCAGCCCUGCACCCUUCCACACCCGCCCUGCACCCUUCCACACCAGUCCUGCACCCUUCCACACCAGUCCUGCACCCUUCCACACCAGCCCUGCACCCUUCCACACCAGUCCUGCACCCUUCCACACCAGCCCUGCACCCUUCCACACCAGUCCUGCACCCUUCCACACCGGCCCUGCACCCUUCCACACCGGUCCUGCACCCUUCCACACCGGUCCUGCACCCUUCCACACCAGUCCUGCACCCUUCCACACCAGUCCUGCACCCUUCCACACCAGCCCUGCACCCUUCCACACCCGCCCUGCACCCUUCCACACCAGCCCUGCACCCUUCCACACCCGCCCUGCACCCUUCCACACCAGCCCUGCACCCUUCCACACCCGCCCUGCACCCUUCCACACCAGCCCUGCACCCUUCCACACCCACCCUACACCCUUCCACACCAGCCCUACACCCUUCCACACCAGUCCUGCGUGUGCACGCAUGA